AUGAAGAACAUACAAAGUAAUGCAGAUAAAAUUGGAACAAUGUUAAAAAUAGAAAUGGUCACAGAAAUCCCUAUGUUAAUAUUAGCUAAUAUAACAGAAAAUGAUAAGCAUGUUCUUAAUUUAGAAAUUUAUGGUACAUAUGGCAUGCUUUCAAUCAUGCAAAAUGGAUAUGAAAUAAGAAAUGGAGGUUCAUAUGCUCACAAUGGUUUUAGUGUUGAAGUGUAUGAUGAUGUAAAAAGUUUUAACCUUUCAUUCUAUGUCCAGCUUUCAGGUGAAAAAGAUAAGUAUCGUGGACCAUUCACAAAUGACUGGGAUUACGAAUGGAAAUUUACUGGUAGUGAAGAUAGUUGGGAUAUUGAAGAGCUAUCCUAG